AUGCCUUCUCCAUGGACUCCUGAAGCUGACCGCGACCUCCUGCUCGCCAUCAUCGACGAGAACAAGCUCCAGGGUCUGGACUGGCGCGUUAUCGCUGCCAAGAUGGCCACCAAGAACGAGAACUACUCCUUCUCUCAUGAAGGCUGUCGCCAGCACUUCCAAAAGCUCCGCAAAGCCUCCAACACCGGCGCCAAUGGCAGCGUCCCCAGCACGCCCAGAACCCCAAAGACGCCCAAAACCCCCGCCUCGCGCAAGCCCAAGCAGUUGGACAACAAUGUCGAUGACGAGGAGGCUGAGGACUUUGCCACGCCGAGCAAGAAGAGGAAGCGCGACGUAGUCAAGGAGGAUCAGGAGAAUGGCGGCUUCAAGGAGAUCAAUGGCAUUGCGUUCGGAGGCCAGACUGCGGCUCAGUUCAAGAUGGAGUCUCUGAGCGGCGAGGAGGAGUUUGUGGACUUGGAUGAGGAGUAA